UGCGAGGUGCUAAGUGUGGGGCGCUAUGGCUGCUUUGCCGGCUGAGGAGAGCGAGCUUGUGGGGGGCACAGAUGGAGACGCCUUGGCUGGCCUGCACCUGGAUGCGAUAAUCGGCUUCAAUGGGCAUGUUCACUGUGGCCUAAUCUGCCACCCAGAUCGGGAGCACCUCAUCUACCCUUUGGGCUGUACAGUCAUCAUUCAAGGCAUAAAUACUCAUUCUCAAGAUUUUUUACAUGGUCACACCAACAAUGUCUCCUGUGUCACAGUUUCUCCAAGUGGAUCCUAUGUGGCUUCUGGUCAGAUCACAUUCAUGGGCUUCAAGGCUGAUAUCAUUUUAUGGAAUUACAAGAAAAGGGAGAUGUUAGCUCGGCUGUCACUUCACAAGGGUAAAAUUGAAAAUCUUGCAUUCUCGCCAAAUGACCUUUACCUAGUUUCACUGGGAGGCCAGGAUGACGGAAGCAUGGUGGUAUGGAGUAUCCUAAAGAAGGAAGCAAUCUGUGGCAGUCCAGCUUCUGCUCGUAGUGCUGGGAACCCAACCACACUGGUGUAUUCCAACUGCAGGGAUGAAAUGUUCGUUAGCGGUGGAAAUGGAACAAUUCGAGUAUGGGAAUUGGACUUACCCAACAGAAAAAUUCGACCAACAGAAUGCCAAACAGGGCAGCUGAAAAGGAUAGUUACAUGCACUAUGAUGACAAAUGAUGACACCUACUUCUAUAUUGGCACAUCCACUGGUGAUGUCCUGAAAAUCAAUACAAAAAGCCGGCUGAUGAGUGACUACGGCCCAGUGAAGGAAAAAUUCAGCCUGGGAAUCACAGCAUUGCUUUUGCUGAAGACAGGCGACUUAGUUAUUGGUACUGGAGCUGGAGUUGUAGCUCUUUGCUCAGGAGCCAAAUAUAAAGUAAUCAAGAAAGUUCAAUUGAAAGGAGCUGUCACAUCUAUCACACCACGAGGGCAGGGCCACCAGUUUUUUGUGGGCACAAAUGAAGCACAGAUUUAUCGAUUUGCAUUUUCGGAUUUUAAGGAUGAGCUCAUAGCCACCUGCCACAGCGAGGCCAUCCAUGAUAUCAUUUUCCCAUUUGGUACAUCUGACUUAUUUGCUACCUGUUCCAAGAGUGACAUCCGUGUGUGGUAUACACCUGAAAAUAGGGAGCUACUACGAAUAACAAUUCCCAACAUGACCUGCCAUGCCAUUGAUUUUAUGAGGGAUGGCAAGAGCAUCAUUUCAGCUUGGAAUGAUGGGAAAAUCCGUGCCUUCACUCCAGAAACUGGGCGGCUAAUGUACGUGAUAGAGCAUGCUCAUAGUAUGGGUGUGACAGCUGUGGCUACCACAAGUGACUGCAAAAGAAUUAUCAGUGGGGGAGGUGAAGGCCAGGUGAGAGUGUGGGAGGUCAGCAAGGAAACACGAAAACUGGAAGAGGUAAUGAAGGAGCACAUCUCUUCUAUUUCAUGCAUCAAGAUCAAGAAGGAUAACCGAGAGUGUGUAACGGCCAGCAUUGAUGGAACAUGCAUUAUCUGGGAUCUUGUUCGCUUCAUGAGACGCCAGAUGAUCUUGGCCAACACCUUGUUCAAAUGUGUGUGUUAUCAUCCUGAUGAGCACCAGCUUAUCACAAGUGGCACAGACCGGAAGAUUGGUUACUGGGAGGUAUUUGAUGGCUCUCCAAUCAGAAACCUGGAGGGCUCCCUGUCUGGCUCCAUCAAUGGGAUGGAUAUUACAUCAGAUGGUGCCUACUUUGUCACUGGAGGAGAUGACCAUCUAGUGAAAGUGUGGGACUACAAUGAGGGUGAAGUGACUUUUGUUGGAGUUGGCCACAGUGGCAGCAUCACCCGCCUAAAAAUCUGCCCGAACAACAAAUUCAUUGUGAGUGUAAGUGCGGACGGUGCCAUCCUUCGCUGGAAGUACCCUUAUGCCAAGUAAUGCCUCGGAACAGCAGAUACUUCUGCUGCUGCUGUGCUUUUUUAAAAAUCUAGUUUUUAAAAUAAUAGCUUAUGCUUAUAGUGUUAUUAAAAUUUAGUAUCUCUUGGUGUUCCUAAGGGAGAUACUGAAUUGUUUCCUUUUAAUUUUUUAAAAAUUUGUUGGAGAUAGUGAGACUCUCCUAGUAUUAUUGGCCAUUGGGUCAGGUCCCAGUUGUUCAGAUUAGUUUUAUUUAGUCACUGUGAACCCCAAAUAUUUAUCCUAUUUAUGCUUGUGAUUU